AUGUCUAAGGAUCAAGAUCAUGUGCGCAGGGUAUUCAGCGUGGAUGACGAUCCCAAGGAGGUGGAGAGCGAUAUUAGAUAUCUGGAGGGGCUACAUGAUGGUCUGAAAUAUGCAUUGCAGGAGGGGAACAAGUCGAUAUCCGCUCAACCACAACAACAACAAUCCUUAAGGUCCCCGUCCGUUCCUAACGAGGAUAAUAUUAAAUCUUCCUCUGCUCCUGAUUUGCUUUCAGCCAGCACGGGAUCAAUUCAAACUCAAAAUUUAUAUCUAAACCCUACUAGAUCUAAAAAUUCAGAAACUAUCACCAACCUCAACAAUAAAAAUUUAAAUAAAAAGAAGCAUAGAAUAAUAUCUCAAUCAAUAGUUAACGGACCUAAAUCAAUAUCCAGGCUGACUACUUUGAAUUCACCAGAAUUAUUUGUCUCAAAAAGUAACCAUACUAUAACAUCGAUCAGUAAAAAGAAAAACAACAAAAAUAUUAAUAAUGAUUCAUUCUUCGAUGAUCACGACAAAUUCAUAAUUCAUGAUCCACCGAGACCAGGUCUAGGGCAUGAUUUGUUGAUUGAAGAGUUAAAUGACCAGGAUGACGACGAUGUUUAUGGCGACAAUGAUAAUGACAACAAUUUUAGACACCCAGAUGACCUGGAAAACAAUGCGAUCGAUGACCAAUUAUCAUUAGCUUCCUCGUUGGAAUCAUACACUUUAAGGGAAAGACAAGAUGCAAUUAAUAAGACACAUCCAUUCGGGAUAAGAAUUUGGAAACCUGCUUUAUAUAAGAAAAUGAGAUCCGUACAGAGAGCUGCUGAUGAAGAUAUUCAUGAAACAAAAUGGAAGACUAUCACUUGGCCCGUUCAUUUAACAAACAUAAUCUGGUCAUUAACUGUUGGAUUACUACUGUUUAUCCUGUUUUCGUUAGCUGGGGUUAUGGUUUGCAUAUUGGGACUCUUUACAGGAUCAGCUCGUGAAUAUUCCGUCAUUUGCUUUAAAUUGGCAAAAUAUUUAAUAUGGCCCUUUGGGAAAGUCGUUUAUCUUACAGUAGACAAGAAAUAUCUAGAAGAAGAUAACGCGGAGGGGAUAAGUGUACCACAAUUCUACAAAUGGGUCACUUCAUAUAGUAAUAGAUUGUUCUUUCAUCAAAAUCCCAAUGAACAAGAUUGUAACACUUCAUUAACAGCGCACGAAAGUUUAAAUCAACCAUCAUAUGGAUCUAUUCAACAUUUUAUUACUAAACAACAGCAGGAAAGACAGAAUAAACUCCAAAAUCCAUUUAUUACUCCUCAUGAUGACCGCCCAAGAUCAUCUUCGCCUAACACUCCAGUAGUAUAUAAUAGUAAAAAUAAUACUAUUAAUAAUGCAAAUGAAGAACCCACUAUGGCACAAGAUAAUUCCACUCAAAGAAGAUUAUUUGGUAGGGGUAAAUGGACUUGGGGCAGAUUAAUAUUCUACCUUUGUUUCCAUUUAAUCUUAGAACCUAUAGUUUUUGUUGUUACAUUGAUUUCAUGGCUUUUCGUAUUUACCAUUCCCAUGAGUAACAUCCUUUGGAACUUGAUGUAUCAUUGUAGAAAACAUCCGCUAGCGUUAGGCUUUAAAAACAUCAGAAAUACAAGGGAAGCACCAUCAACAGCAAAUUAUGAUGAAGAUCGUGAUUCAAACAGGAAUAUCCUGUUAUGUACAUUUCGCUGUGCAGGUUGGCAUUAUUAUAAAUAUACUGUUGAUGGUACAAAUAUCAUUGUGGUGAAUCUAAUUGCCAUGGUCUUCUUUACCAUCUUCAAUUUUUAUUUCAUUAAAAACGUGUGGCAUUUUAACUUCUGGUUUACAGAUGAAUCAGCAAUCUUCAUGUUAUGUUUGCUAUCAAUUAUCCCAUUAGCAUUUUAUAUUGGUCAAGCUGUUGCUUCCAUUUCUGCUCAAACAUCCAUGGGUGUCGGUGCUGUAAUUAAUGCAUUUUUCUCUACUGUCGUGGAGGUUUUCUUAUACUGUGUUGCCCUGAAACAAAGUAAAGGACCUCUUGUGGAAGGUUCCAUGAUUGGUUCAAUCCUCGGUGCCGUCCUAUUGUUACCGGGUCUUUCCAUGUGUGGUGGUGCAUGGAAUAGAAAGACACAAAGAUAUAAUCCCGCAAGUGCAGGUGUUUCAUCAGCAAUGUUAAUUUUCUCAAUGUUGGUGAUGUUUGUGCCCACAAUGCUAUAUGAACUGUACGGCGGAUACACUGUCGACUGUGAUGAUGGUGCCGAACAAGCUUUAACCUUCUCAAUUUUUAUACUAGCGGUGUCAUCAACACAUUGCUCCUUUAAGCACCCACCUUUACAAUUUAACAGGAUGUAUACUCACGUUAUUCAACCAAUGUCAGUCUCUUGUGCAAUUGUAUUAUUUAUGGCUUAUGCGAUCGGUUUGUGGUUCACCUUAAGAACGCAUGCAAAGAUGAUCUGGCAACUACCUAUUACUGAUCAACAACCCAAGGAAAAUUCCAACAUUACACAAGGCCUCAAUUCGGAACAAAACUCAGUAUUACUGCAACGUCGAUCACAAACUCAAUUGAACCAAGAUGCAGGCGGCCAUGAUGCCCCAAAUUGGUCAAGAAAAAAAUCUACUUGUAUCCUUCUAAUAGCAACAUUAUUAUAUGCUAUUAUUGCAGAAAUAUUGAUUGCAUGUGUAGAUUCUGUCUUGGAAGAUUUCCCCUCAUUGAAUCCCAAGUUCCUUGGUUUAACAAUCUUCGCUCUAGUCCCCAAUACUACAGAGUUCUUGAAUGCUAUUUCGUUUGCCAUUCACGGUAAUGUUGCUUUAUCUAUGGAGAUUGGUAGUGCAUAUGCUUUACAGGUCUGUCUUCUUCAAAUUCCAGCUUUGGUGUUAUACUCUAUUUUCUACACGUGGAAUAUGGAUCAUUCAUUGAUAGAUAUUAGGAAACAAAUGUUUCCCUUAAUUUUCCCAAGAUGGGACGCUAUAGCAUCUAUUGCGAGUAUUUUUAUGUUUACUUAUUUGUAUGCUGAGGGAAAAUCAAAUUAUUUUAAGGGUUCGAUGUUGAUCUUAUUGUAUGUCGUCGUUAUUCUAGGAUUCUACUUUCAGGAUAUCCUUACGAAUUGGCAGUGGUAA